CAGAGAGGAUUUUGUCUAUUAGUGACCAAGAUGAAAUCAGACCGUUGGUAUUUCUUUCUCUUCUGCUUCCAAGUUGAAGUUCUAACAGGAGAAGUCAAUGAUUUUGCCAAGUCUGAAAUAUUUAUAUUUCACAAUGGAGGUGUACAAAUUUUAUGCAAAUGCCCUGAGAGUGUCUGGCAAUUUAGAAUGCAGUUGCUGAAAGGAACGCAAACAGGGACGCAAACAAUCUGUGAUCUCAGUAGGACAAAGGGAAUUGGAAACACAAUAUCCACUCAGAAUCUGAAAUUCUGUCAAUUAUCCAAUAACAGUGUCUCUUAUUAUCUGAAUAACUUGGACCAUGCUUCUGGUAACUCCUACUCCUGCAAACUAUCGAUUUUUGAUCCUCCUCCUUUUAAAGAGAUUGUUAGGAAAGAAUAUUUGCAUAUUUACGAAUCACAGCUUUGUUGCCGACUGAAGUUCUGGCUACCCAUCUGUUGUGCAGUUUUUGUUGUAGUCAACAUUUUUGGAUGCACAUUUUAUUGUUGGCUUAAAAAAAAGAAGUAUCCAACCAGUGUGCAUGACCCUAACAGUGAAUACAUGUUCAUGGCAGCAGUGAACACAACUAAGAAGCCUAGACUCACAGAUGUUACUCAUAACUUGGGACCCUUUGGCACCCAGGCAUGAACCAUGUUGAUCAUCUCCCCACUACUUGAAGUGCAAGAUUUCUCAUUUCCUGAACCAAGGAGAAUCUGGCUUGAUUUGACUACAUACAGCUUCUACUGGUGUUUUGUUUGAUCUGGACCCAGAGAAUAUAGUAGUCAACAGAGAUUUUAACAGACUGCCCCAGUACUGUUGAAUUUGAUCAAAACCAACACCCUCUUGCAACUUGCUUUAUAGAACGUCCUGCUCAUGUGUGCCCAACAAAUAGACCUCGCUGGGAUGGAGUCACUGUCUUCACACCCGCUUCUAGUAAUGCACCAGCCAGUAAAACACACACAUCUACAGACAUUUUAAAAUAUGCCCAAGGUAGUGAAUCUACAAAGCAAAUAAACAGCCAAGGGCUAGCAUCUGUUCACAUUUCACUAACAGACUACCUCUUCUUCUUGUAGGAUGAGCAAUUUUUAAAACCAGACAGUAGAGGACACAUUUCAAAACUGUAGCUAUUUUAUUUCUAAGGUGUCAAUGUGUAACUAUAGUGUACUAAUACAUUAGUACACAGUACUCUUCUCCACCUUCUGAACCCCAGUCUACCAAACCACCAGAGUUUAGAUGCCUUCUGUUCUCAAUUUUCCUUUUAAAAAUACUUCUACACGGCUACUUGACAGACACUCUGAAUAGAGAGCCAUGUCUAUAUUUUUCCU